UACUCUAAAAAAGCCAGACCAGGCCAAACAGGGAGAGGAGAAAGGUGGCCUUUGACCUUCACAAACAUUCAUGGGCACCAAAGAUGGAGGAGGGGCUCCUUGUUUCUCAGACCCAGAAGAGAAAGAAAAACAGAAAACAGAGUCAAAGUCCAAGCUGCAGUCAAAGCCAAAGCCAAAUCUGGAGCCACAGUCCAAGCGCCAGUCCAAGCCCUUUUCCACCAAGGACUCAUAACAGGACAGCACACUCCAGUAAUCAUCACUCCUCGUCCUACACCCAACCCCACACUCACUCCCACUAUUCCCAUAACUCCAACCAUCAUCACUCCAACAGUUGUCUUAACAGAAGGAAGGCAACAGGGCUAGCAAAAAGAAAGGCCAAGAAAGGCCUGUCACCAAACAGAAGGAAAAAACGAGCAGAUAGAAGAGCUCCAGCCCUGAAGAGAAAGAUCCCAGUCCUCUGGAGCAGGGGAAGCAGCCUCCACAGAGACAGAGACAGGCUCUGGGGCAGCCACACAACCUUUAGCCUGGAGAGCAGCAGGGACAGCUCCAGGGAGACACCCACAGAUGAGACACCUUGCUGGGCAGGAGAACAGAGAUUCCUGGGAAGGAGAGAGGCAGUGACACCCGGUGGGCAGUGCAGACCAAUGGAGAGGCCCUCAAAAGCCUCACAGAGUAGGGGCAGCACCUGGAAGGGGCUCCUGAUCAUCACAGCCACCAUCCUCAGCUGCUGGAUCCAGCCAAUGUCUGCUCAGGAUCUCAUGGUUGAACUAAAACCAGCCCAGGGGAAAGUAGGGGACACCGUCACCCUGAAUAUCCUGGAUUACUCUGGGAGUGCUCUUAUGUACAGUUGGUACUAUAAGCCAUCAACACGGAAUUCCAAGGAGAAACUCAUCUUGAGGUACUCUCCUGGUUCUACAUCUCAGACACCAAACAAUACCCGACAGAAGGUACACCCUAAUGGCUCCUUGAUCAUCCCCAACCUUGUCCUCAGUGAUUCUGGUGACUAUAAAGUACAGAUCAAAGAUUCCUCUUCAAAGAUACUUAGAGCAAGAGCCCCACUGAAGGUGUAUGGUACCUUGAUGAAACCCAACAUAACUCUCAAAAACAAUGGCAUAAUCCUAGAGAAAGGUAUUGUGGUCUUCACAUGUAACACAGAGAAGAGUAAAUUGCCAGAUAUUCGGUGGUACUUCCAAAAUAAGAACUUGAUUCGCAAUGACAGGAUGACUCAGCCUCAGACUAACAAGACCCUCAUUAUUUUACCUGUGAAGAGGGAAGACAGUGGAGCUUAUCAAUGUGAAGUCUGGAAUCCAUUCUUUGCCAAUAUAAGUGACUCAUUCAAUCUGACUGUCAUCUAUGGACCUGAACCAAUCAAGAUUUUUCCAAAGCCUGUUCAUGGGCAGAUUGAGGCCUUAUUCAACCAGAAUCUGACUUUAGAGUGUCAGGCUAGUUCUGAACCACCGGCCCAGUAUACAUGGCAAGUGAAUGGUUCUUCUAGAGCUGAAAAUUCAGGAAACACUUAUACUAUCUCCCAAGUAUCUUGGGAGCAUGCAGGGACAUAUACGUGCAUGGCAAUGAACAACAUCACCAACAGUACAAUCUCUAGAAACACCACAAUCAGAGUAUAUGAGGAUUCAGGCGGCUCCAAAUUAUCUGGAAAGGUCAUUGCUGGCAUUGUGACUGGAGUCAUAGAGAACCUGAUGAAACCCAACAUACCUAUUAAUAGCACCAGCAACAUCAUAGAGAAUGGCACCAUGGUGUUGACGUGUAACACAGGGAAUGAAUAUUUGAUCAUAGCCAGAGAGAAUGCUGGCACCUGAGAAAUGGAGAAUCUUUUUGUAGAGCAACCAGGAGGCCAGUGUUAUCGAAAGGAAUAGUUCACUGGAUGGGCUGUAGGAAAGAAGAUAUUCUAAAACAAAUGGUUUGAAAGAAAAAGGCAUCAAUAAAAAUAAAAUUUGUUCAAAAAAUAAA